AUUUAAUUUCAAUUUCUUUUAUGUUAUUGGCUUUGUUGAUGCGUUUGAUAACUUGUGUAUAAAAUCAUUUACUUAUGAAUACUUAGAAUAUGUAUCGUUAGAUACUCACUAAAAAUACUACAAAAAACUAAAGGUACAUAAAUUACUAAACGUAAGCGAAUUGUACUAGCUCAAGAAAGAGGAAGAAGUUAUAACUUAAACUACCUCACAACAAAAUGGGAAAGGCAGAGAAAGGCACUCCUAAGUACAUAGCCAACAAAAUAAAAGCGAAGGGACUGCAAAAACUACGUUGGUAUUGUCAAAUGUGUCAGAAACAGUGCCGAGAUGAAAAUGGAUUUAAAUGCCACACUAUGUCGGAGUCACAUCAAAGACAGCUUUUGCUGUUCGCAGACAACGCUUCCAAGUACAUCGAUCAGUUCUCCAAAGAAUUCUGUGAUGGCUAUCUAGAGCUAUUGCGACGUCAGUUCGGCACUAAAAGAGUCAAUGCAAACAAAGUUUAUCAGGAUUAUAUUGCUAAUAGGGACCAUCUUCACAUGAAUGCAACCCAGUGGGAAACUCUCACAGAGUUUGUGAAGUGGCUCGGCAGAGAAGGUAAAUGUACUGUAGAUGAAACGGAAAAGGGGUGGUUUGUUGCUUACAUUGACAGAGAUCCAGCGGCAAUAGCAGCACAGGAGGCCAAGGCUAAGAAAGAGAAGUUGGAUAAAGAUGAUCAGGAAAGAAUGUUGGAAUUCAUACAGCGGCAAGUGGAGAAAGGCAAGAAAGAGUCGACAAAAGAAGAAACAACGUACACAGAGUUCAAACGAGAGAGCAGUCAAGAGAGACUCACCUUGAAUCUCAACUUGAAGCGAAAGACUGAAGAUAAAAAACCCGACGCCCUCGCAAAAACUCCAUUUAGUUUAAAGGUAAAAGAAGAAUCAUCCAGCAAGAAACAGAAGACGGAGAAGAGUAAACAGUCGGCUCUCGAUGAAAUAAUGGCAAUGCAGGAGAGAGAGAAGGAGAGAAACAAUAGGAAAGACUACUGGCUGACGGAGGGAAUUGUGGUGAAGAUAGUGACCAAGUCACUCGGAGAGAAGUUCUACAAACGUAAAGCGGUUGUGGAGAAGGUGGUCGACAAGUACGCUGCUCAUGUGAAGUUAACAGACGAACCCGUCAAGCUGAAACUAGAUCAGAACCACGUGGAAACCGUGAUACCGUCCCCGGGGCGACACGUGCGGUUCGUGAACGGAGCCUACCGGGGGCAGACCGGGCUACUGAAGACCCUCCGCACCGACCAGUACUGCUGUGAUGUUGAGAUUUCGGAGGGACUGCUCAAAGGGAGAUUGGUUCGAGACGUACAAUAUGAAGAUAUCAGUAAACUAGUGACGUGACCUUAUUAUAUUAAAUAAAUUAUAUUUUACAAGAAA